CUGCUGCGAUCGGCCCACCCGUUUCUCACGCUGACAAUCACAGGGAAAUAUAGGAAAAUGCCGCCGACACAUUCAAAUAGUUCGGAAUAUCGGGUGGUACUGCCCAUGACAGUAGAGGAGUAUCAAGUGGCACAGUUAUGGUCUGUGGCAGAAGCUAGCAAGAAUGAAACAGGAGGCGGAGAGGGUAUAGAAGUGAGAAAAAAUGAACCCUUUGACUUUGUUAAUGACAGAGAAUCAGCGGAACAAGGUGGCUACUAUAGAAAAUUAAAGGGUGGAGAGUAUACACAAGGACAAUACACUCAUAAGAUAUAUCAUUUAGAAAGUCGAGUACCAUCGUUUAUCCGGCUACUGGCUCCCAAAGGAUCAUUAGAAAUUCAUGAAAAGGCUUGGAAUGCAUACCCAUAUUGCGUUACAGAAAUAACAAAUCCAGGUUACAUGAAAGAAAAUUUCUACAUCAUCAUUGAAACCCUGCAUUGUUCAGACAGAGGAAACCAAAAAAAUGCUCAUGGACUAAACCCAGAGGAUGAGAAGCAUAGAAAGGUUGUAGUUAUAGACAUUGCCAAUGAUUCAGUAUCGGCAUCAGAUUACAAAGAAGAGUGGAAUCCUAAACUUGUGAAGGCUGUCAAGUCUGAGAAUACAGGGGAACCAAUAGGCAGAGGUCCACUGGGAGUAGACUGGAUGAAAACUGUGGAACCUGUAAUGUGUGCUUAUAAACUUGUAUCCUGUAAGUUCAAAUGGCUGGGAUUUCAAAAUAGAAUCGAGAAAUUUAUACAAGCGCAAGAAAAGCGGAUAUUCACAAACUUUCAUCGUCAAGUAUACUGCUGGAUGGAGAAAUGGUUUGGUCUUACUAUGGAGGACAUCCGUAGGAUUGAAAAUGAAACAAAGUGUGAACUGGAUAGGCAACGAAUGGAGGGAUCCAUCAAAGGGACAGUUGUAAAUGAAAAGGAUAUGAAAUGAUGACUCCAGAUUGUAGCACUUUACUUGGCCGGUAGAGUGGAAACCUUGUUGCAGUUUCACAGAGUGAUAGAAUGGGAAACUGUAACUCCAUACAUUAAUUUUUGUGGAAUGCAAUGUUAUUUUAUCACCUCUGUAUCCACUGUGAUGGACUUCAACAAAGUGGUACUCUUUAAAACAAUUUAAUUCCUCUGUCAGAACCAAACCUUUGGGUUCACAAAAUCCUUAGAUUGGAAGUCAACUGUUCUAAAUUGAACAGCCAAUCCAUGCUGUCUGUUUGUCAAGGAAUUCAGACAUAUACAUUGUAUAAGAGUUAGCAUGAAACUCAAUAAUUUGACAAAUUAGGCAUGUGAUUUGAGAUCAUGCAUAUUCAGAAUUAUUAUUGUAAUGUAUAUUUUGAAAAAGUAUUUGUUUUGGAUUAGGUGUAAGUACUAGUGAACUUCAAUAGAUCACACUUUGUAGGAAGUACUCACACAUAGAGAAACAUUUACCUGUAGAUAGAACACAGGAGAACACUGCACAUACAAAAAAAUAUCAUCCUUAUUCAUGAUAGAUCAUCUACAACUUUUCAUGUGUAUGUUUCUUGUCAAUAUUCUAAAUGUUUAGGUUUCACCUGAUCUAGAAAAACAUCAUAAUAUAUAAAAUGUCUGUCCAUUUCUCCUUCUGGAAAUACCAGAUAAUACAGAUGGAGAAUGCCUGUCCACUUCUCCUUCUGGAAAUACCAGACGAUAUAGAUGGAGAAUGUCUGUCCAUUUCUCCUUCUGGAAAUACCAGAUCAUUUGGUUGGAAAAUGUCUGUCCAUUUCACCUUCUGGAAAUACCAGAUAAUACAGAUAGAUAAUGUCUGUCCAUUUCUCCUUCUGGAAUUAUCAGAUAAUGUAGAUAGAUAAUGUCUGUCCACUUCUCCUUCUGGAAAUACCAGACGAUAUAGAUGGAGAAUGUCUGUCCACUUCUCCUUCUGGAAAUACCAGAUAAUACAGAUGGAGAAUGUCUGUCCAUUUCCCUUUCUGGAAAUACCAGACGAUAUAGAUGGAGAAUGUCUGUCCACUUCUCCUUCUGGAAAUACCAGAUAAUACAGAUGGAGAAUGUCUGUCCAUUUCUCUUUCUGGAAAUACCAGAUGAUUUGGUUGGAAAAUGUCUGUCCAUUUCACCUUCUGGAAAUACCAGAUAACACAGAUAGAUAAUGUCUGUCCAUUUCUCCUUCUGGAAAUACCAGACGAUAUAGAUGGAGAAUGUCUGUCCACUUCUCCUUCUGGAAAUACCAGAUAAUACAGAUGAAGAACAUCUGUCCAUUUCUCCUUCUGGAAUUAUCAGAUAAUGUAGAUGGAGAAUGUCUGUCCAUUUCUCCUUCACCAUUUGUUUGACUUGUUAACGUACAAAACAGACUUACAUGAGUUACCAAACAGUUGUCAAAAUAAGUUAUGUGUUUAUUUAAAACUUGAAAGAACUAUUUUUAUAUAUUUUAUGCCAUUCAUUGAACAUCCAUAUUAUGAUAUUUGAGCUGUUUGAAAAGACCAAGCAUUCUGGACAUAGUUUGAUUUUUCCCAUAACUAUGCAUUUCUAUAAUGUGAACCAAGUUAAAAACCAAGUACAAAUAUCUAGACUAAAGUUGGAACACUAUCUGGUUUAGUAUCUGGUGUAGUGACAUGGUACUAGACAUAAGUUGUGUUGGAACAAGGGACAUGGUACUAGACUAAAGUUGUGUUGGAACACUAUCUGGUGUAGGGACAUGGUACUAGACUAAAGUUGGAACACUAUCUGGUGUAGGGACAUGGUACUAGACUAAAGUUGUGUUGGAACACUAUCUGGUGUAGGGACAUGGUACUAGACAUAAGUUGUGUUGGAACACUAUCUGGUGUAGGGACAUGGUACUAGACAUAAGUUGUGUUGGAACACUAUCUGGUGUAGGGACAUGGUACUAGACAUAAGUUGUGUUGGAACACUAUCUGGUGUAGGGACAUGGUACUAGACAUAAGUUGUGUUGGAACACUUUCUGGUGUAGGGACAUGGUACUAGACAUAAGUUGUGUUGGAACACUUUCUGGUAGUGACAUAGUACUAGAAAUAAGUUGUGCAGGAACACUGUGGAGAGACUCAGUACUUGACAUCAGUUGUAUUGAAACACUUUCUGCUGUAAAAACAUUGUGUUAGAUAAAGCAGACUGUCACUUUAGUCUAAAUAUUGUUUUAUCAACAUUUUAGUUUGUAUGUAAAUUUAUACAAAGUGCAGUAAGAGGUAUCAUAGAAAAUAUAAGUGAAUUCAUGCAAAUAUCUUUUUUAAAUUUGUUAUUAAUAUACAUUUUGUCAUUUUUCUUGACUUGUAUCACUAGUUUAUCAACAGCUUAAAGGAUUUUUACGUGGCUAUACCUUGAAUUUGCUCAAAAUAUUUUCAUAUGAGAGUUCUUUUGUCAGAAUUCAAAUGAAUUCACUGUGGUUAUUCAUGAUAAACCAUUUGUAAGUUUUCUUUUAAAAUCAGAUCUUCAGCAGGCAUCAAAAAUUCAGGAAUAUGCUAUGAAAGAAACUUUGCUGUUGAAAGUGUCACUACUAAUAUAUGCACCUAAUUACCACACAUACACAUACAGAAUUUUGACAGAAUAGCUCUAAAUUUGAUGUACAGACAACAUAUGGCAAUCACAUUGAUGUCCAAAGCAAAAAGACUACCCUAAUUUUCAAAAUACUUAGCUCUUUCUUGAAUCAAUAUUAGACUUUACAGAAAUUAGCAACUGUUGGAAUGGGUAUUUCGUCUGUUUAUUAUUUUGCAUCUUUUUUCUGGGUAUACAUAAUUGUUACAUUUUAUGUAAAUUUGAAAUAUUUAUUUGGCAUUUACAAAGCAAACUAUUGGAGACUUAUCAAUUAUCAGUUGUUUUUCUGGCAUGUCUAGUGGUGCUGCAUCUUAUAUACAAAACAAGUGUAAAAUGUACCUGUAUUUAAAGGUCUGAAGUAUUACAGAAUUUUAUUGUAGUCUUGGGCCCAUUGGCUGACAUAGUCCUAAGGAAUCUGUAACAGUCUGUGUACUAAGGAUUCUGUAACAGUCUUGUGUACCAAGGAUUCUGUAACAGUCUUGUGUACCAAGGAUUCUGUAACAGUCUUGUGUACCAAGGAUUCUGUAACAGUCUUGUGUACCAAGGAUUCUUUAACAUCAGUUACAGUUAUUCCUGCUAGAUUUGAGAGUGACGUCCCUUACAUUCAUUGUUCACCUUUAAAUUAUAAAAUUUUAAUGUCACAGAAAUCCUUGUAAAUGACAUGAAUUUUAUCAUAGUUGUACACAGGUGUUUUAAUAUAAUUUAUUCUGUUUCAAAAUCAUUUCAACUAAAACACCAAAACAUCGUUUUACAUUGAUAAUUUGUUUGAGAACUUUGGAAACUUUUUAAUAUUUCGCAGCAGUAUAUACACGUACCUGAACUUUUCAUCUGAAAUGAUAAAAUCAUGUUUAUUAAAGAGCAUUUACUAAAAUCAUGAAGAAAAAUAACAAUUAAUUGUACAUAGGCUAGAAAAUAUGUUUAUCUGACUUUACAUCUGUAAUUAAAUAUGAUCCAGACAGUUGUAUAUUGAGGUGUGUUUACACCACCUGGUUAGGUACCAUCAGAUAAAUGUUCUUAGGGUAUGGUAAACCAUUAAAGGAUGUAGGAUCAAUAUCCAGGAUACCUACAUAUAAAGUUAUUGCAUAAUAUAAAUCUAUAAUAAUGGACAACUUUAACAUUCUUAUACAUAAAAAGGUUUGUUUGAUAUACGGUGCCUGUAACUGUUGUAAUGAGUGCGUAAAGCAGAUACUGAUAGGUAGAGGGUGGUGAUCACAACUUUGGUUUGUUGAUAGAUAAAUGAAUCAUUUUGUGUGAUCAGUGAUGUACGGUAAAACCUGGACACUUUAGAGAUAUACAGGGAUGGCAAGCAUUCGCCCAUACAACCCAAAAUUAUGGAAUAUUUUCUAUAAAUGAGAGCUGGUUUGAUUUUCCAACCGAAAAAAACAGGUUUUCUGUUCUCCACUUCAUCAGUACUGGUUGAUAAAUCACUGAUUGUUCUUCUGUGUAAUACUCCAGAGAGAAUCUCCAUGACUCGAGUGUCUUGAUCAGUAACUCCACAGUUACCUAAGUUGGCAGGUAUCUUCAUCUUAUAAUUUUUUGUUAUGCUUUUUAGACUUUAAUUAGAUUCAGUGUAUGUUUUUGUUACAUCUACAGAAUCGCAGCUGAAUUGUAGGACUUGAGAGUUGUCAACAUCUUCAUUAAUUGUUAAGACUUGAGAAUAAAAGUCAGUAUCUUUGUCCAGAGAAGACUGGUGAAUCCAUUAUAAGUGUGGUGUAUAUAUUCACGAUACCGAGUUGUUUGUGGUGGUAAAAUGCUUGUUUAGAACCAUGGUAUAAGGGAGAGGAUAACUUCUAGUAAAACAUUUUACUAAGUGUUUUGUGACAAUAUGGAGCUGGUUCUGACCCCUAACCUACUGACAAUACUGUCUAAUCGAAAACAAAAAUGGAAAUGGUAAAUUGACCUCUUUUCUCGCCUUCUAAAUAAACAUUAAUUACCAAUAAAGCAUGUUAAUGUUAUGGUGAUGAUAUGUUCCCUUUUUCAGUUUGUCUAGAUGUGAUAACAUUUCUUUCCACUAGCUCACAUUCUUACAUCCAUGCAGCGCACGGUUGAUAGAUCAUAGACAAGAACAUGUCGGUAGUAUUCCAUUAUCAGUGAGUGUUAUUAGUGGAGAUGAUAAUGACAAGGUGUGAUGUAUAGAUUAUGUAAAAAUCAUGUUGUCCUAAUAUUGUGAUUUUUCAUUAUUAGGUAUCAUUGAUCUGUUAUGCUUAUUUAUUGAAUGUGACAAGUAUCAGGCUCAUGAAUUAAAUAUCUUCAUACACAU